GAAGAAUCAAGUGGCGUGGUCAUUCACGGAAGCACUUGUCAUAAGUUUUCAGAUUUUAUCCUCAAAAGCAGAACACGUUUAACUGAUAAUAUCGAAAGGAGCAAAUAGUUGACCGAAUCGCCUGAAACAAAGAAUAACGUCGCAGCGAGCGGCCACAACAGCAGCAACAUUAGAGUUUGAUCAGCCGCUUUGCUUAGUAACGGAAAGAUGGACGGGAGCGUGACAGUCAUCACCGACCCCACCGUGUCCGUGCGGGUGACCAGUACCCUCAGCUCAUUCGAGGUCAACCGGAGAUUCAACCGAGGCAUCACGAUCGCAGAGUUUAAGGGUAAACUGGAGAUGAUUGUGGGUACCCCAGCUGCUUGUAUGGAUCUUGAGCUCUUCAGCACAUCAAAUAAGUUCUUACAGAAGCUAAUGGACAAUGAAGCCCUUCUCGGUUUCUACCCUGUGGAGGAUGACUGCAGAAUACACGUGACGGACCGCAGUGGGACUCGGAGUGGGGAGUUCACUGAUUUGUCCAAGGUGGAGAAAUUUGAGAUUUCUGAUGAUGCCUAUGAAAAAAGGACAGAUUCAGUGCGAAACUUCAAGAAGAAUAUGAAGUUUGGUAAAUUUAAUGAGGAAAACAGGGCCAAGGAAGAAGAGGCUCUUGCUAAGAAAGAAGAGGAAGAGAAGGCAGCCACUGCAGCUAUUGCUGUUGGUAACCGCUGUAAAGUUGCUGGGCAACCCACUAAGAUUGGCACUGUUAUGUUUGUGGGUAUGACAGAUUUCAAGCCAGGCCACUGGGUAGGUGUGAAAUACGAUGAGCCACUUGGGAAGAAUGAUGGCAGUGUGAAUGGGAAACGGUACUUUGAGUGUGAGCCAAAAUAUGGUGCCUUUGUUAAGCCUCUCUCAGUGACUGUGGGUGAUUUCCCUGAGGAGGACUAUGGUUUGGACGAGAUGUAAGGCUCACCUGAUAAGCAGUCAAAAGCAUCAGAAGAAAGAAGUUUGACUCCGUGCAGCGAGACGUUGUUGCAGUAGUUGAAGGUUUUCUGUCGUCAACGCAGAUCAUUUUGUUUUAUGCUGGUCUGAAAGAGAUCAGAAGGAUUGCAUUUUAAGAUGUACUAUCAGAGAAAUACCUUUAAUUUACUGCAGUCAAACACAAGUAAUGAUCUUUAAUAACAUCUCUGCCCUGGCAACUUGAAGUUACCAAUAUGGUAAGUGUGAAAAACAUUGGUCGAGAUCAGAUUAAGGGAUUAGGCAAGAUAGGCAGAAAAGAAUUUAACUCUUAGAAGCAUUCGCUUGCAUGUUGAUUGUUCAUUAUUGAAUUCCAAAGUUCUGCAUCUAAUUUCACCCCAGACAGAAUCAUUUUACUUCAGACUAACAAACCACAAACACAAUUUUUUUUUUUUUUUUUUUUUUGCAAGGUCUGUACAAACUGCAUUGUAUAAAUGUCUGUUGUACCAUUAAUUCCUCCAGUUGACUUUUUCGUCCUUAUCCAUCAAUAUGAUUGUGUUUAGGGUCUCAAUCCCUUUUUCGGCUAGGCACUUUUGCAAUUAGCUCACUAAUGAGUCAAUCCUGUGGCCUUAGUUUUCCCAUGGUUCUUCAUUUUCAGUGUGAAUCCUUAUAAUUACAGAAAUGUAUCAUUUUUAAGCACGUUUUGCAGGUGAAAAUGGGCAUGCAAGCAUUUUUAUGCAUGUCAGCUUCACGUUUAACAGAAAUUGAUCUGGUACUAUAAGGCCAAGCGUUUCAUAGAAUUCUGUGUUGCAUUUAAUAAAAUCUCUAUAUUUCAAAUACAUCCAUGUGCCAACUUUGGACAUCCUGCAGACACAUGCCCAAGUUAUCUGUCUUAUGCAAAUGCUUUAAUAUGGAGUAUGGAAAACCGUCCAUGCUGCGCUGAAAGACACGGAUUCUAGUAAACAUUAACAGCUCACAGAUAUUUACGAUUAUCAUAAACAUUUGUUUUGCUACAUAACGCAGAAGUUGGUUGUUUUCAUAUGAAUAUCAUGUUUGUUUUUCAAUGGCUGCACUACUGUGGAAAAGUAGAAAUGUUUGACAUUAGACCAGACACAAACGUUGAUGAUUGAGAUGAAUACUCUAGAUUAGAAAACAGACAGUUUGCAUUUGUUUCUCUACAAACAUGCAUUGAGUGUUACUUGUGCCGGCUACAAUGCAGCUUUCCCCAGCACAAAUGUGAAAAACACAAAUUGUGUUUUUGACAUUGAUGUGUUUAUUAACAUUCAAACCAUUGUGUAAUGUUUUAAAUUAUAUGUUGUCCUUUAUCACACUUAAGUUCCGUAUAAUUUAAUUUAUCAUUUAUAAAAUAUAUGUGGUAACCAGAUUUCUGGAUUAAUUGAACAUGUGAGUGCACUUUUGUAAUGAAGAUGACCCCCCCCCCCCCCCCCAGAUUGUAAUGGCUUUGCAAAAAUAAAGACAAAGUGAAAAAUAA